AUGGGAGGCAAGACAACAAAGUUGUUUAGAAGCUCACCUCAACCAAAUUCCAAAACACAAACGGAAAAUGAUUCCCCGUAUCACGAGCAUCAUAAAAACUAUGACAACCAUGACAUCCAACAACCAGACGAAGCAAUCAUUAAAAAUAAUAUAAGUCCAUUUGUAUAUUACAGGAGAGGAUCAAUGUAUAUAGAUGAGGAUGGCGAUAUUGCACAUGAAUUUUAUGUUGAAACAAAAAUAGGAUCAAAAUUAACUCUAAAGCGAAUCAGUAACCAACAUUUAAAGCCUCAAGGUGAUGUACCUUUAGAUGUGCCGUGCCUAAGAAACGAUUAUCCAGUUGUCUUAUUAGACCAGAACAGAAUAAAGGAAUGA